GCUGGUCAUCCCCAGAGAGCAUGGUCGCCCUGGCAAGAAGGUGACGAGGGAAAAGCAACAUCUUCACCAUCCAUAGGGUGACUUUGUUGGCAGAUGUUCCACCAGCAUUAAACUUUAUAAGCUAUGGAAGAUCCUAAUUAGCCCAAUGUGAUGGGAUGCUCCUGCACUGCUUCCUGUUUUACCUCUGCCUGUUUAUAUUUUCCUGUGAGUUUUCAUGGAUUUAGAGACUUGACUCACGUUUUAAAGCAGGUUUUUUUUGUCCUAGCAUAACAGGAUAGCAUCUGGUCAACGUUGUCUUGGCUAAGCCAGGAAGGAUUAUCCAGCCUGCAUGGACAGGGCAACAUUCGCCUGUUCCACUGCCUUUUUUCGUGACUACAGCAGUUCAUCUCAGGGUGCAUUCUGCCUCCCCGGAGGGCACGUUGACUUUAUUGAAAAAGUAGAAUCGUUCACUUACUCAGACUUUUUCCGGGAUUAUUUGAUUCCCAACCAUCCCUGUAUUCUCUCAGCUAAAUUCACUGAAGACUGGGGCAGCAGGAGAAAUUGGGUUACUUGGGAUGGAAAGCCUAACUUUGAUCAUCUGCUGCAAAAGUUUGGAGAGGCUGUAGUACCUGUUGCCAACUGUGAUGUCAAGGAGUACAAUUCUAACCCGAAGGAGCAGCUCCCCUUCAAGGAGUAUGUAAAGUACUGGAAAGAGUACAUUAAAAAUGACUACCGUUCAUCCCGGGGAUGCCUUUAUCUAAAGGACUGGCACCUGAGCAGAGCUUUCCCUGAGCAAGAUGUUUAUACAACCCCUGUGUAUUUCUCAUCCGACUGGCUGAAUGAAUACUGGGAUGCUAUAGCUGUGGAUGAUUACCGGUUUGUCUACAUGGGACCUAAAGGUUCAUGGACUCCGUUCCAUGCUGAUGUCUUCCGUUCCUAUAGCUGGUCAGCCAAUAUAUGUGGGAGAAAGAAAUGGCUGUUGUACCCCGCGGGACAGGAGGAGUACCUGAAAGACCGCCACGGCAACUUGCCCUUCGACGUGACUGCACCUAGUCUUCAGGACAGGAGUGUUUACCCUCGCUACAACCAAAGUCAACCCCCUGUUGAAAUUGUUCAGGAAGCAGGGGAGAUAGUCUUCAUCCCCAGCGGAUGGCAUCAUCAAGUUUACAAUCUGGAGGAUACCAUUUCCAUUAACCACAACUGGGUGAAUGGCUGCAAUGUGGCUAUAAUGUGGUGCUUCCUGCAGGAUGAAUUAGCAGCUGUCCAGCGGGAAAUCAAUGAAUGGAAGGACCCUAUGGAUGAUUGGCACCUACAAUGCCAGUUGAUCAUGAAGUCUUGCACAGGUAUAGACUACAAGGAGUUCUACAACUUCCUCAAAGUUAUUGCAGAAAACAGGAUUUCUGUCUUGGAAAAUGGCCUCGAUGACGAAGCUUCGGCAAAGAACACUCCAAAAGCUGCCAUUUCCACCUUGGGCAUGCUCCAUGCAGUGUUUGAUUUAAAGAGGACUGUGAAGGUGUUAACAUCGCUGAGUGCUAAUGAAGAUUUCAAGAAACUAGACCUGACGUCACUUUCUCCACCUCCGGAGGCAUUGCUCCACCACUUGAAAGCAGCAAUAGAUACAGCACUACUCUAACUUCCUAUUUAUUCAGUUCUUUGUAAAAUGAACCUUUUGCAAAAUGGGUGUUUGUAGAAGACUGACUCCUCCCUGUUUAAUAGCUGUUGCAGUUGAAGUACAAAGAGCCUUAAUAUAGAGUGGGGAGAGAGUACAUUCAUAAGAUGACUGAAUACCUUUUAAGUUGACAGUGUUUGAGUGUCUGGUGUAAUUGGACAGCGAAAAAAAAAAAAAAAUCUCAGGUAAAGGAAACCCAAAUCACAUUAGUAUUAUAUUAUGAGCCCUGCUGGUGAGUAUGUAUUCAGGGGAGGGGAACAGAAAUUCACUGUGGAUCAAGCUUUGGUCUCCAGGGCCAAACACUGAGAUUGCAGUGGUCUGCACCGUGUUCCCUCUGCUUCUGAGAACACUGUAUACAGACAACAAACCAGCACGGCAGGCUCCAGCAGUUAAGCUCUGCUUUGUCUGGUCACACCUAAACUGCUUUAAGCCCUUUCCUGCUUCCAGGUGCAGCUCAGCCUUUCUUUUUCUUUUUGUUUUUUUUUUUUUCUCAGAUAUCAGAGGACACUAGUUAGUUACUUUCCCUUGAAGCCUGAGCUGACUCAACAGCAGUAGCCUGGAUGUGGAGGAGCUGACUGUACUAAUUUCCUGUACAGUGACAUCUCUCUAAAGCUGAAAGUCUCGGGUAGCAUCAGCUUUCAUACUGCUCCAGGGUCUGCAGGAUUAAACUGAACAUAUCAGGAAGCUGGAGUCCUGAUAACAAAUCUGCCACUAAUAAUUUAAGCACACGAUCCACCCAAAUUCAAAAGGAGGAACCUGAAUGUACUCUUACAUUUCUACACGCUAUUUCAAGGCACGGUAUUUUAUCAAGCAGAGAUCUGAUUAAUCAGGGAAGCUAGCAAGUAACCUCGUAUUAUCUCCUAAAAAAAGCCAUGCUGUUAACACACCAAAUAGCACUACUGCAUGGUUACACAGCACAAUUUGCAACCUGAAAGCUACCCUUGGGCUAAAAGAGCAUUUCCAGUGAAGCACUCCUCUCACGUUCACUGGUUGGUGAGAAAGCCUAGAAGCACAAGUGGCUGCACACUGUUAGUUGCCCCUUUAGGGCUCGCUUGAAUUAUAUCUCAAGAAUUUCCAGCUGACCUGUAAAAGCAACUAAUAACCAUAUGUUUAGAAAGUACAAUAGUAGAAAUCUUCAAUAGGCUGAAAAAUCCCAUUGUUUUCUAGGUAAUCCUGUGGAGUUUGUACAUGCAUGCAUUUUGCAUGUCCUGUUUUCUAGUAGAAGUUCUGCAUUACCUGAAAUUAAAAUCCAUACCCAGAGCAUGGAAGAAUGCAGU